UCACUCUCAUUCCUAUCUGCUGUACUACAACAUUCACUCGCUCUCUCUCUUAUCUCCUCUGUUCCCGCAUUUUAUUGCUCCAUGGCCGUCGGAGGUUUCACCAACGCCGCCGGUGGCGCCGAUUUCGAGGCCAAAAUCACUCCCAUCGUCAUCAUUUCAUGUAUCAUGGCUGCCACCGGAGGUCUCAUGUUUGGCUACGACGUCGGCGUUUCAGGUGGUGUGACGUCUAUGCCCCCGUUCUUGAAGAAGUUUUUUCCGACGGUAUACAGAAAGACAGUGGAAGAGAAAGGACUGGAUAGUAAUUACUGCAAAUACGACAACCAAGGAUUACAGCUUUUCACGUCGUCUCUGUAUCUGGCUGGUUUGACUUCAACGUUCUUCGCUUCGUACACGACUCGUAGGUUGGGAAGAAGGCUGACCAUGUUGAUUGCUGGGUUCUUCUUCAUCGGUGGAGUUGUCCUAAAUGCUGCUGCUCAAGACCUCGCCAUGCUCAUCGUUGGAAGAAUCUUGCUUGGUUGUGGUGUUGGCUUUGCUAAUCAGGCCGUGCCAGUGUUCCUCUCUGAGAUCGCACCUUCAAGAAUACGAGGAGCAUUGAAUAUAUUGUUCCAGCUUAAUGUCACCAUUGGCAUUCUAUUUGCUAACCUUGUCAACUACGGCACCAACAAAAUCAAAGGUGGGUGGGGUUGGAGGCUAUCUCUUGGGUUGGCUGGUAUCCCAGCAGUUCUUCUGACAUUGGGAGCCUUGUUCGUGGUGGACACCCCCAACAGUCUGAUCGAACGUGGGCGCUUGGAAGAAGGAAAAACUGUUCUUAAAAAGAUUCGCGGCACUGACAACAUCGAACUUGAAUUCCAGGAAUUGGUUGAGGCCAGUCGUGUGGCUAAAGAGGUGAAGCAUCCAUUCAGGAAUCUUCUCAAGCGCAGGAACCGACCCCAACUCGUCAUUUCCAUUGCCCUUCAGAUAUUCCAGCAAUUCACAGGCAUCAACGCAAUCAUGUUCUAUGCCCCGGUUCUCUUCAACACCUUAGGAUUCAAGAACGAUGCAUCCCUCUAUUCUGCUGUCAUAACUGGUGCUGUGAAUGUUCUCUCCACCGUUGUAUCCAUCUACUCGGUGGACAAACUGGGACGUCGCAUGCUCCUGCUGGAGGCUGGUGUGCAGAUGUUCUUGUCUCAAGUGGUGAUUGCAAUCAUUCUGGGAAUAAAGGUGACGGACCAUUCUGAUGACCUUUCCAAAGGCAUUGCAAUUCUGGUGGUUGUGAUGGUGUGCACUUUCGUGUCUUCCUUUGCAUGGUCUUGGGGUCCCCUUGGGUGGCUUAUCCCGAGUGAGACUUUCCCAUUGGAGACUCGUUCCGCUGGUCAGAGUGUCACCGUUUGUGUCAACUUGCUCUUCACCUUCGUCAUUGCACAGGCAUUCCUUUCUAUGCUCUGCCACUUCAAGUUUGGCAUCUUCUUGUUCUUCUCUGGCUGGGUCCUCGUCAUGUCUGUCUUCGUGCUUUUCCUGUUGCCAGAAACAAAGAAUGUCCCCAUUGAAGAGAUGACCGAGAGAGUGUGGAAGCAGCAUUGGUUCUGGAAGAGGUUUAUCGAUGAUGCCGCAGAUGAGAAAGUAGCCAAUGUCUCUAAUGGUAAUGGAUUUGAUCCAACCUCCAGGUUGUAAAUCCAUUUGCAUUGAGUAUUUUAGACUCUAGAGUAAGUGCAUUACAUGCUAAGUAAGAAUGAAUGUGGGUUAGUCACAAAUUAAGCAAAUUAUUUUUUAUUUCCCCCACCUCCAAUCCAUGUUGGUGGCCUAGGCCUGCAACAACAUUGUAAUCAGUUAAUCAAACAUUUAUUAUCCUGUUUUGCAAGCCAUAUAAUCAAACAGUUUUUUUUCCCACCCUUUUCUUUUUGUAAAUUGUUUGUCUUUGAAAGGAAUAAUAUAUAUUGAUUUCCAAUUUACAUUA